UUUCACUUUCUAUAAUUGUACGAUAAUUUUCUUUCAAAUACCAUAAUUUUGAGCUUCUGGUACGAUCCUUGAAUAUUUACGAUCUCUGGCAACACUGGCAGUGCGAUGCCUGUACUUUGGGUGGCGCUAUUGAAACGGAAGGAGGGAAGAGGCGCUGUUGUUUUUCUCCGUUGAAGAAGCCGAUCAAUGGCUUCGUAACAGCACAUAACUUAUACUGACGCUCUUUGUUAGGAGCAUUACAGCAUUUGCUUUAAAAUAAACUGUUUCUGAUUUCUGUCGUAUUAUAAACCUGGAAGUCCCAAAACAGGUGAGAAUGAGUGCCGAGGCUGCAGACCGGGUUGCAGUGAGCGGCAGUCGACCCUGCACACCACCACAGACCUCCUGGUUUGAGUUUCUGCUUGAUCCAUCAUUACUGGAGCAGCACUUACAGGGGCCUCAUCCAGAUCCAUCUCCUGUUCAGCUGAUUAUUCAGUUUCUUGAGCAAGCCUCUAAACCAUCUGUGAAUGAACAGAACCAGGUCCAGCCACCGGUAGACAACCGCAGGAACCGUACACUCAAACUCUUGGCCCUCAAAGUGGCAGCUCACCUAAAAUGGGACUUGAACAUUCUAGAGAAAGGUCUGACCAUCCCUGUACUAAACAUGUUACUAAAUGAGCUACUGUGUGCUAGCCGUGUUCCUCCUGGAGUUAAACAUGUGGAUCUGGAUCUACACGGCCUGCCGCCCACCACAGCAAUGGCAGUUCUCAUCUACAACAGAUGGGCUAUUCGAACCAUUGUGUUAAGCAGUUUUCCUGACAAACAGACUAAACCUGGACCACAUCAGCUAAACAUGAUGAACCUGGUCCAGCAGGAAAAGGAACUCACAGACAACAUACUGAGUGUGCUCAGAGAACAAGCAGCAGACUCUAUCAUGGUGUUAGAAAGAGCUUUGAACAUCAAAAAAGAUUUCUACAUCCACACGCUUCGAACCCUGGACCUGCUGGCAGCUGAUCCGAGUUCGGCCAACGGAGAGACAGAGUCGUCGACUGCAGGGUUGCGGAUUAGCACCGAUGACCUGCAGUGUCAGGUGCAUUUUGAUUUAGCAGGCAUUUACUUUCAACAAGGCUGUUCGGAUCAUUCAGCAUAUGAGAAAGCCAGAGAGCACUUCAGAAAAACUCGAGAAUUACUUGCAAAGUUGGAUCGUCUGUCUCUCUGUCAUUUGGAUGAGCAGCGGUUGGCAGGUUACUGGAGCGCCUGCAGAACUCUGAUCGGAACCUCAGACCCCAGCGAGGCUCAGCUCAGCCCAUAUGGCCAGAUCAGCUCUUUCAUGAGGAAUGAAAACUAUGAGGCAAUAAUUGAGGCUUUUAUUAGGGACAAUGUCACACUAAAUCUACCCAACAGCUUCAGACAUUCUGUUCAUCUGGAGCUACUGCACAAACUUCAACAAGGGGACAGGGUUGUGGAGGAGGUGUGUCAUAAACUGUGUGUGUGUAACGCAGUGAGAGACUCGCUGGAAGGUCGAAUUCUCAGUGUGUCAUUUCAUCAGCUGCUUCUGAAACCCAGCAAAAAUGACAUCAACUUCCUGCUGGAGGUGUGUGCGCGGUCUGUACAUAACACCUCUGAAACAAUCAAAAAGAAAAUGGCUUUCUUCAUCAAGAAUGUUUGUGAAAGUCUGGAGGAUGUUUCUCUGGCUCUCAUGGUGUCGUCUCAUCAGCUUCUCACAGAGCUUCUCGGGGACGAGGAGAAGCGGCUCCUUAUGGAGCAGAUGAGGAGGAGCUCAGCCACAGUCAACCUCAACGCCAAACCUCUCCCUUCCUUCUAUGAUAUUCCCACGACUGCCAGCGUCAACAUCGGUCAGCUUGAACAACAACUCAUUCUCUCACUCGAUGCUCGACAGAUCAGACAAAUUGUUAUUGAGCUUCACGGGAUGGCCGAGCGACCCUUCUGGAGGGUCAGCAGUAAGUGGGAGGUUCCAGCUGAUUAUGUAAAUGUAAUACUAGCAAUAAAAGAUAACCUGACUCGAGACCUGCUGUACAUCUUAAUGGCAAAGGGGCUGCACUGCAUCGAUGUAAAGGAUUUUGUUCACGCUCGGCAGCUGUUCACAGCAUGUCUGGAGGUGGUAACAGAGUUUUCUCCUAAGCUGCGUCAGGUGAUGCUCAAUGAGAUGCUCUUACUGGAGAUCAGAGCGCAUGAGGCGGGUACUGCCGAUGGCAACAUGGAGAGACCUCCACCCGAUCUGGUCAGCAGGGUACGAGGAUACCUGGAGAUGAGGAUACAUGAUAUUCCAAUGCGUCAGAUUGUUGGUGAGGAGUGUGUGGUUUUUAUGCUGAACUGGAGAGAGAACGAGUAUCUGACCCUGCAGGUUCCACAGUCACUGGUCAACAACAACCCAUACGUCAAGCUGGGGCAGCUGAUAGCAUCCACCUGUAAGGAGCUGCCGGGCCCUAAAGAGAGCAGACGGACGGCUAAAGAGCUCUGGGAAGUUGUGGUGCAGAUCUGUAGUGUUUCCAGCCAGCACAAACGCAGCAAUGAUGGCAGAGUCAGUCUUCUGAAACAAAGGGAGUCUUCACUCGGCAUACUGCCCCGGAGCAAAUUCAUGACUUUUAUGAAAAAACUACGGGAGCCACUGGUUCUGACGACACUCAUUUCUUUGUUUGUGAGACUUCAUAGUAUCGUACGGGAUGAUAUAGUGAAUGAGGUGACCGCUGAACAUCUCUCCAUAUGGCCUUCGUCUCUGGCCAAUUUACAGUCUGUGGACGUUGAAGCUGUGGUUGUCACAUUAAAGGAGUUGGUGAACUACGCACUCAGCCUGAACCCCAACAAUCAGUCUUGGCUUUGCACACAGGCCGACAUUUACUUUGUCACCAACCAGUAUUCUGCAGCAAUGCAUUAUUACCUACAGGCUGGGGCAGUGUGCUCCGAUUACUUUACUAAACCCGUCCCACCGGAUGUUUACACGGACCAGGUUUUAAAGAGAAUGAUCAAGUGUUGCUCGCUGUUGAACUGUCACACUCAGGUGGCCGUUCUCUGCCAGUUCCUGAGAGAAGUCGAUUACAUGACGGCAUUCAAAGCCCUUCAAGAGCAGAGCAGUCAUGACUCCAUGGACUCUUUCUAUGACUACAUCUGGGAUGUGACCAUUCUGGAAUAUCUUACAUCCAUUCAUCACAAACGAGGAGAGAGCGAUAAACGACAAGUUGCGAUUAAAGCCAUUGGACAGACAGAGCUCAACUCCAGUAAUCCAGAGGAAGUCUUGCAGCUUGCAGCUCAAAAAAGGAAGAAAAGAUUCCUGCAGGCCAUGGCUAAACUUUACUUCUAGAACUUCAAAAAAUAAAUAUUUUUUUACCUGAUUCAAAUUAAAA